AUGACUGAGCUGCAGAGCUCAGCCGGUCCACAGAAGAUGACGACAAAUGCCCUCAUUCGAUGUGAGAGAACACACAUUCAACACACGGAAUCGACUGUGUGUGCCUGUGUGUGUGCAGUGACUAGGUCCAUCAUCCCGCCCCUGAGCCCUUCGCUGCGCAAGGGGGAUCUCGGUCAGAUAACAGACAGAUCUGAAGACCAGAGUGAUCCGCAAUGGCAUCCACACACAUCGGUUGGGUGCUGGGUCGUCUUCAGGGUGCGUGGCCGUGAUCGGCGGGUGCUUCGAGUACACGGGAGCGCCGUUCUAUGCGGCCAUUUCGGCGCUGAAAACGGUCAGAGCGGACCAAUGAAGGCAUUCUGCUGUUAAGCAGGAGUGAGCUGCCUCUGCAGGGCGCCGACCUGGCCCACGUAUUCUGCACGCCGGGUGCCUCUGUGCCCAUCAAGAGCUACAGCCCAGAGCUCAUUGUGCAUCCUGUAAGUGAGUGGGAAGACCACAGAAGGAAAGGCUACUAUACGCCGGCGCCAUUCACUGAUGGCUGAUGGCUAUGUUUCUGCUGACAGGUGCUUGCGUGUUCUAACGAGAGCGGCUCUCGGUCGCCGAUAGACUCCAUCGAAGAGGUGGGCAAGAAAACAAAGUGUGCACAGCCUGUGUGAAUCACAGUCACACAGCUUCUUUCCGGUCAUUGUCAGAUAGGGCGUUGGCUCAAGAAGAUGACGGCCGUGGUGGUCGGUCCGGGGCUGGGGCGGGACGACGCCACGCUGCAGGUGGCGUCAGCCAUCAUGCAGAAGGCACGCGAAAUGGACCUGCCGCUGGUCAGCCAGCGAGGAACGGACGGCGCACGGGGACAGCGGCAAAGCUGUGAUUCACGUGUGUGCAGGUGAUCGAUGCGGAUGGGCUGCACGUGGUCCGGCUGGACCCGCAGCUGGUCAAGGGCUACCGGCGGUGCAUCCUUACCCCAAAUGCCAACGAGUUCCAGCGGCUCCGAGACGCACUGCCCGCUGACAAGACGGACCCUGCUGCUGCUGGUCAGCCCCUCAGCGUCGUCAAAGAGAACCCUCAACACCCACUACCAAAAAUAACAGGUGGGUACAUUCAUACGCCCGCUCCCCCAGUCCCUCGCAAACGGCAGAUCUGGUGCUGUAUGGGUGGGUGGGUGUGUGCAGAGGAGGCGUUGUCUUUGACGAGCGCGCUGUGCCGCGCCCUUGACGGCGUCACCAUUGUCCGCAAGGGCCCGUCCGACUGCAUAUCCGAUGGGCGCGUUGGCAUGGUUUGCGCUGUCACCGGGGCCAGCAAACGAGCAGGUACCUGGCUGACUGAACAGACUCGCCGACCACACCUGUCUGUUGUCUUUCAGGUGGCCAGGGCGACGUCCUAUCUGGCAGCGCAGCGACGUUUGUGUCGUGGGCGAUGAGAGGCACAGACGAAGCGGAAGGCCCGCCGAGGCACCUUCUUGCCUGCUACGGGUGGGUGGCCUUGGAGGAUGGCAUUCCCUGCUUCAUGCAUGCACACACACAUGCCGCCUCUGUGCCUCCUCUCAGUGCGUGUGCGUUGACGCGGGCGAGUGCUGCCGCGGCCUUCGCAAAGAAGAGGAGAAGUGAGCAACCUGCAGCUGUCUUCAACCGUUCUGUGGACGCGCUGUGUCUGUUUUUUCCGCAGGCAUGACGGCGCCGGAUGUCAUCAGCGAGCUCGGAGAGGCGAGCCAGAAGUCAGCCAGGGAGGCGUUAGUGCAGUCACUUUCUGUGCGUCGUCCUCCUGCUGUGUGUGUGGGUUGCAGGUGUUUGAGAGUCUGUGUGGAUGA